UGCGACAGGCCGCGGCGCGAGCGGGGCCUCACUCAACUAGAAAAACGGUCUGGCACGAGAUAACGGGUGGGGAGCGACACUGAACCACGGGACGACCGCGUACCGGUUUCCCACACUGACGGCCGAACAGACGAGGACAGACCGGCAGCUUGAAACGGCACAGAAGACAAAAAUCAGAAGCCGUGCAUGUGGAGAGCGGUUUGUUGGCAGCCAACGAGCAAAGUAGCUAACCAUCGUUAGCUGAACUGGGUUAGCAGGCUAGCCAGCUUUUGUAAUCCGCCGGCCAGACACACUUUCGUCCACCACAAACCAGGCCGAAACUGGAUUCCAAGUGAGACCACAUAACCGCCGAAGGGACAAAGAAAGCACCGGCGGUGGCAGGAGGCUGGUUCUGGGGGCGAGGCCAAAGGACCAGACUCAAUGAGUUUCCAGCGAAAUGUCCGAGAAGUCAGGGCAGAGCACCAAGGCAAAGGAUGGCAAAACAAAGUAUGCAACCCUUAGCCUCUUCAAUACCUACAAGGGUAAAUCUCUGGAAACCCAGAAAACUGCAGUGGCUGCCAGACAUGGGCUCCAGAGUUUGGGCAAAGUUGCUGUUAGCCGGCGCAUGCCCCCUCCAGCCAACCUGCCCAGCCUGAAGGCAGAGAACAAGGGAAACGACCCCAACGUCAAUAUUGUCCCCAAAGACGGCAGUGGAUGGGCAUCCCGAUCUGAGGCGGGGGACGAGAGGCAACAGGAGACACCCCCACCUCCAAACAAACCAGCAGUAAUCCAGUCACAAGAGCUUUCUCUUGGGGGCAACCGCUCCUGGGCCAACAGCAAGCAGACACAACUAGACGGGGCUCCACGUGUGAGCAGCCAUUUUCACCAGGAGUUUCCCAGCUUGCAGGCAGCUGGUGAGGUGGAGAAAGGGGAUGGUCAAGAGGAGGAGCCUUAUGGACCAGGCCCCAGCCUCAGACCUCAAAAUGUUGGCAGUUGGCGUGAGGGUGGAGGCAGGAAUUUGAACACUGCACCCAGCCCCCCUGAGAUGGAUAACAGGGCUCCAGAGGAGGGUAGUACAAGCCUUGGUACCUCCACACCACCUGCGGAAGCUGAUGAACCUGUCCGAAAUGUAACCACUGACAGUCAGAAGGAGAAGAGGGAUGGCAGGGAGAGGCUGCCCACCUCUGGCCCUCCUCAGCCUAAACUUAAUGGGGGGCAGCAGCCCCCUGCCGGGGUGCCAACUCACUUUGACCCUGCUUUCAGGAGCAUGAUGCCACCCUAUAUGUUCCACGCCUAUCCUCAAAUGUCUUUUGGCCCUGGGCAAGGAAAUUUCAGAUACCCUGUACCACAAGAUGGAGCAAAGUUGCUAAGGGGUCCUCGUUCAGCACGACCCCAGCAGCCUCCCCCUCAGUCCUGGCUCCAGGACCCAGACAGACCCUCUAUCAUCAGCGCAACAGAACUGAAGGAGCUGGACAACUUGGACACUGAUGCUGAUGAGGGCUGGGCAGGAGCUCAGAUGGAGGUGGACUACACUGAGAAACUAAACUUCAGCGAUGAUGAGGAGAACCAAGCUGCUAAAGACAAAGGAGAAAACUGGGAGUGGAUGGGUAAAGUUGAACGUAUAAGACCUCGGCCAUCAGAUAGCCAGGAGGGCUGGAAGGAGGGAUCUGAGGACCGUGGGGCCAGCAAAACCUCAUGGGCCGACAAUGUAGAUCCAAGAGCACCAUCACCUGGCAGUAUGGGGCAGUACAGUAAAUCAGCUGCUCCACAGGACUACCAGGGUGGCAGUCGUUCUGUUGGUGGUGCAGCUCCACGUGGGAGCAAGCCAGGGGCUACAGCAGCACCUGGUGCUGAUGAGGACUCUGAGGCCUGGAGACAGAAGCGUAAGAAGCCUUCAGAAGUUUCUGAAGCUGUAGAACGAGCGAGACGGAGGAGAGAGGAAGAGGAACGGCGGAUGGAAGAACAGCGGCUCGCAGCUUGUGCUGAAAAACUUAAACGUCUCAAUGAAAAACACCGUCAGGCAACUGAGGGCAAAUCCUCCCCUGCUCAGACCACCAAUGAUGAGGCAGGAGCUGCCCAUGAGGAAGCCCCUUUAUCAGCUCCUUCUCCUGUAUCCAGUCCUGUACCUUCAGCCUCAGUUCCACAAUCACAGGCCCCAAUCAUACAAGCGUCUCUACCGGAGAGGGUGGAGCGAGACAGGGAGAGGGUGGAGAGGGUGGAGCGAGACAGGGAGAGGGUGGAGAGGGUGGAGAGGGUGGAGCGAGACAGGGAGAGAGUCGAACCAAGUGAAGAGGAGGAGGGUCACGUGCCUCGUCAGCCCAGCCCGCCAAUCCAGAGACCUGUGGCCAUAGCACCAGAGCCUAAGAGCGAGGGAGAGGGCUCUCUGGCUGAGGUCGGCCCUUUAAUUGAAGAGAACCAAGUUGACAGGACAACAGUGCCUAUCCGAGACUAUUUCAACAUAGAGGACAACAGAGUGGAUGAGCCCCUCCUGUCUCUGCCUCACAUGGACACACCAAGUGGCGAGGAAGUCCCCGUGGCACCCCCACAGCUGGAAGGAGAAGCAGCAGCUGCUAUGCGUCCCUCUCUCACCUCAGGCUAUUCCAAACAGUUUCAAAAGUCUUUGCCACCUCGUUUCCUUAGACAGCAGGAGCAGAUGAAGCAGCAACAAUGGCAGCAGCAGCAACAGCAGAGUGGGGGAUCCGUGUCUCCAUCAGGUGGUGGUGGGGGUCCAGCUACCCAACAACAGCAGCAGCAGCAACACCGCUCCAUGUAUCAACCCAUGGGCCCCCACCACCAGCACCUGGCUUCCAUGGGGUUUGACCCCCGCUGGCUAAUGAUGCAGUCCUACAUGGACCCCCGCAUGAUGUCAGGACGUCCUCCUAUUGACAUGCCUACUAACAUUCACCCUGGGAGGAUGCCUCCUAAGCAGAUUGUGCGCAGAGAGCCUGGUGACAACUCUAGCUCCAGCUCUGACUCCUUUGACCACUUGACCCGACCAAUUCGUGACCAUGGCCUACCCUCAGACUCACGGAUGGUAUGGGGAUCCGACCCAUACCCACAGUCAGAGCCUCUACCUUCUGUAACUCCUCCAAAAGGACGGGAUGAUAACAAAGAGCCGAGGAUGGACUCUAGUUUGGAUCUGGACAGGGGUCUCCCAGCUAUGUACCCCCAGGAUCACACUGCAUUAGACUCUCGUAAGAGUAACUUCUUCCGGGACCCCACAGAGUCCUUGUCAGCAUUUACCCAAGGCCCAGAGGAUACGUCUGGGCCUCUAGACAGGGUUCCCGUAGGCCCAGCCUUUGACCAUGAGGAGCCAGGCCUACCGAGUGGAGAAGAAGUAGAGGCUCUUGGUCAAGCUAUGCUCCAAAGGAGUGUCUCCCAGGGCUCCAGCCACUCCCUCAAGCUUGAUGAGCCCAGGUUUGAUGGGUUACCCCUGGGAACAAAAUCACUAGAUCUACAGGAAGCAGGGGAGAGGGCUGAUGAUAAGCCCCAGAAUGAAAGCUACUCUCAGGCUACAGUGGCCAGCAACAGAGCUACACCUCCUGCUGAUGGAUUACACAAACAAGAGAAGCUGCCUCUGCCAGCCCCUAGCAAGCAAAAAGCUGAGCUGCGCUGGGGUGGGAGAUCAGGGGCCGGACGUAGAGAAGGACCAGGGGGAGAGAGACCCGUCCGCAGGUCUGGGCCAAUAAAGAAGCCUGUCCUAAGGGACAUGAAAGAAGAGAGAGAGCAAAGAGAAGAGAGAGAGAGGCGUCACGAGAGAGCGGAAAGAGGAGACCGGUCCAAAAAGGAUCCGUCAACCAAAGCUCCUUCUGCAGCUGCUGCUGUGUCUGAGGGUUCCAGAGCUCAGGGUGAAGGGAAGAGAGAAUGUACAGAGCUCGAGGAAACACCAACUGGCCAUCAGAGAGCCAGAGACUCUCAGCCUUCGUCUGGGGCUCCCACUUCUUCCUCUCAGGAGGAGAGAGCAGAAAAACCGCCCAGCAAUGACAAACAUCCAGAACCCAAACUGCCCUCCAGGAAAGAGCCCAAUCUUCCUCCGCGUGCCUACCGACGUGAGGAGAGAGAGCGGGAACGUGACAGGGAUAAGGAAAUGGACAAGGACAGAGAGAGAGAGUGGCCUGCUGACUCAAGUUUCAAAGGCCGUGGUCGAGGGGAAUAUUACUCCAGAGGACGGAGCUACCGGGGGACGUACAGUGGCCGAGGAAGGGGGAGUCGUGGCAGAAGUCGAGCAGAGUACCCUUACCGAGAGCCUCGAUCACGCUCUGAUUUACCUUCUGCUGGAGGUGCUGCUGCCUUUCGCAAUAGAGAGGAAAGUGAAACACGCAGCGAGAGCUCAGACUUUGAGGUUAUACCAAAACGCAGACGACGACGGGGUUCAGAUACAGAUUCUGAAAGUGAAGGUGGGAGGGAGUCUGCCAGUGAUACUGGACCCUCUGACCGUGAACCUAGCACCAAACCUAGUCGUCCACUAAGACGAGAACUACCUGGGGAGGGCCGGUCUGGGCCCCACAAGCCAGGCUUUGGACCUCCUCACAUGGGGGAAAAAGUUGGAUCCAGGGGGGAAGAUGAAAGCAGGCCCAAGCCAGGUUUCCUUCCUAAAGGAGAGCCUUCUCGGCGAGGAAGAGGUGGAUUAUAUAGUAGAAGAGGUGGAGCAAGGGAACGUGGUGGCCCUCGCUCAGCCCCUCUUAGACGGCCAGCAGCCAGAGAGUCCUCCUCUCAGUGGCCCUCUAAACCCAUGGAGACAUUCAGACCUGAGGAUGCAGAAUCAACACCAAGAUAUGACAAUCCUCCUGCUGACCGACGGCCCCUUAAGUCUGAGGGCAAGAAAUUUGGGGAUGGGGCUCCUCAGAGUAGCAGAGAGAGGCCUCGUAGAUCCCGACCAGCACGGCCCCCCAGGCAAGAUAAACCCCCCCGAUUCAGGCGCUUGAAGGAGCGUGAGGCUGCAGUGUUAGCUAGUGGAGAAACAGUCCCAAUUCCCCAUGUCCCUUUACCCCCAGUGCCUGCUGCUGCUCCUAGGUCUGCCCCAAUCUCCCUCUCCCCAACCCUGUCUAGAGCUCCAGGAACCCCUGUUACUGUGCCUGCGGAAGUGGCAGCCACGAUGCCUGCACCUGACCUGCCCGCUCCUAUAGAAGCACCCUUGCCUGAGACCAGCAGCCCCACCAUCACUGCAGUCGGUACCAAGUCCCCUGACUUGUCCAACCAGAAUUCUUCAGAUCAAGCCAAUGAGGAAUGGGAAACUGCCUCUGAGAGCAGCGACUUCAAUGAGAGGAGAGAGCGAGAAGAGAGGAAAGGAGCACUGGAGGCCGCUAAUGAAGCAGCCGCUGCCUCUGCUGCAGCACCUGCACCCACCCAGGGCUCUUUGACCCCCAAUAAAAGCCCUCCAGAUGGAGGGUUGACUCCAAAACGUGAAGGAGCUCCUGCAGCCAAGAGGAGUUUCUCAAGUCAGAGGCCUACAGAGAGACAGAAUCGUAGAGGCAACAGUGGAGCCAAACCAGGCCGGAGCUACACAGGGGGCAAGGGGGAAAGGAGGGGAGGGGCCAAAGCUGGCCGCAAAGGCCCUGCAGCCCAUCAGAACUCGGAGGCCUCAGCACCAAUAGCUGGAGGAGCAGCCCAAAGACCUGCAAAAGAGCAGCCUGCCCGUCGCAAAGAUGAAACCAAACAGGCUGCCAAGAAACCCAAGGAGAAUGCUCUUUCUCAGUUUGAUCUCAACAAUUAUGCCAGUGUUGUGAUUAUUGAUGACCACCCAGAGGUCACCACCACAGAGGACCCACAGUCCAGCACCAAUGAUGACGGCUUCACAGAGGUGGUCUCCCGCAAGCAACAAAAACGCCUGCAGGAUGAGGAGAAACGGAAAAAGGAAGAGCAGACUACUCAGAACUGGGGUAAAAAGGGCUCUGGUGAGAAGAGCAGAGGGGGAGGAGGAAAGCUACCGCCAAGAUUCGCUAAAAAACAGUCAUCGCAGCAACAGCAACAACAGCAGCAGCAACAGCAGCAGCAGCAGCAGCAACAGCAACAGCAGCAGCAACAACAACAACAGCAGCAACAACAACAGCAGCAACAACAGCAGCAGCAGCAACAGCAGCAGCAACAACAACAACAACAACAACAGGCCUCACAGCCUCAGCCAGUUGUAGCCUCCACCCCCCAGGCCCAACAGCAGCCCACCAUUUCUGCCUCCCAGCAUGCUCACCUUGCACCCUCCCAGCCUGUUGCGUCCCCUCAAACUUUGGAAGGAACAGUGGCUCCUCUGCCCUCGAUUCCCCCUGCUACUGUGGACUUCACCUCAAAAAAUCUACCCCCCCAACCUACGCAGACGCACAGCACUCUGGGUACAGAACUGUGGGAGAACAAGGUAGCAGGCUCCACUGUCCUUCCUGAUGUGAAGAAACUUGGUCCAAUCAGCCCUCCCCAGCCACCUUCUGUGAGUGCCUGGAACAAACCCCUUACCUCCUUUACUGGCACGGUCUCCUCCGAGGGUGUGAAGCCUGGAGCAGAGGGCAGUGUAGAAUUGGCAAUAGACAGUAUUCAGUUUGGAGCACCAUCAUCUGCAGGCAGCACAGACAGCGAUGGAGUUCCAGCUUUGCUAGAAACUGGCUCUGAAAACAAACUGCCUGCUCCCAAAGAACAGAGACAGAAACCACCUCGAGCUGGCCCAAUCAAAACACAGAAGCUUCCUGAAAUGGAACCAGUGGAAACCAAGGAAUACAAGCCUGGUCCCAUUGGUAAAGAGCGUUCUCUAAAGAACCGCAAGGCCAAAGACUCACGUGGAGGAGAAGGCGAGGGUAUGGAGGGAGGAGUACCUGGAGGAGGUGUUAGCAGAGCCACAGACUCCAGUCCUCCCACCAGUGACACCACAGUACCAGAGCUAGGAGGAGACAUCGAGGGCAUGAUCACGGUGCCCUCAGCAGAGUACAACAGUAACUCAAAGGAGUCCGUCACUGACUACACCACUCCCUCCUCCUCACUGGCUGACAGUGUUCCUACAGGAGGGAACAAAAUCGAAGAGAGUUUGGUGGCCAAUGUGGCACUACCCCACUCAUUGCCCCUUCCUCGACGAGAGACCCUGCAGCAGAGCUCCAGCCUCAGCACAGUCUCCCCUGCUACUGUUGACCUAACAUUAAAGAUGGAAUCGGCUCGUAAAGCAUGGGAAAACUCCCCAAGUCUGGAGAAGAAUUCUCCGGUCACCUCCUCUUCUUCCCCCAUCACCUCCUGUGCAUCCUCGUACUCUUCCUUCUCCUCAGCCUCCAUGCCACAGAUCCCUGUGGCGUCUGUGACCCCCAGUACCUCACUGUCAGGUUCUGGUACCUAUACAACAUCAUCCCUCAGCACCAAGACCACCACGGCCUCUGACCCCCCAAACAUCUGUAAGGUGAAGCCCCAGCAACUGCAAGGUGGAAGUCUUUCCUCCUCCAGCAGUAGCAGUAGUAGUAGCAGCUUCUCUCAGCUGGGCUGUGUGCCUCCCCUCCUGCCCCAGCAGCAGCAGACCCCACAGGUGUACGUCUCCCAGUCUGCAGCAGGUUCUGCAGCUCAGAUUCCAGCAUUCUACAUGGACACUAGCCACCUCUUCAGCACCCCCCAUCCUCGCUUGGCUCCUCCUUCCCUGGCGCAGCAGCAAGGCUUCCAGCCUGGACUCUCACAGCCGACGGCAGUACAGCAGAUUCCCAUCCCUAUCUACGCUCCACUACAAGGUCAGCCUCAGCACCAACACACGCACCAGCCCCAGCUAGGACUCAGCACCGGUCCUCCAGUCUCCCAGCCACAGGAUCUGUUCAGCUCCUCACUGCAGCCUUACAGGUCUCAGCAGGCGUUCAUGCAGAGCAGCCUCUCGCAGCCCUCCAUGAUGCUGUCAGGACCGUCCCUGCACAGCUAUCCCGGUGUGCAGGCACCUGAUCUGGGCAAGCCUCAGUCCAACCUGGCCUAUCAGCAGCCCUCAUCCACCCAGCACAUUCCCAUACUGUUUGAGCCGCAGCUGAACCAAGCCUCAGGCAUGGGAGCCUCCCAGCUCAUUGACACACACCUGCUCCAGGCUCGACAGGGGAUGAAUCAGCAUUCAAACAUGUACUCGGGGCAGGUACAACAACAUGGCCAGAGUAGCUACUACAGCAACACUCAGUCGCCCAGUUCAGCAAUGCAACAGGUGACAGUCCCUCUGCCUGGUUCCCAGUUGUCCCUGCCAAACUUUGGCUCGGGUGGAGGCCAGCCCCUCCUGGCGCUGCCCCCCACGCCGCCUCAGGCCCAGCCCCCCAGCAUCAGUCGACAGCCCCCAGUCUCUCAGCCAUACCGAGGCAUCAUGGGCCCCAACCACAACAUGAUGCAGCCACCCACCAGCAAGAUGGACAUGGAUCUGAAACUCUUUGGCAGCGGGAUGGAUGUGAAGCCUGGAACCCCUCCUGUCAACGCCAGGAGCACUACACCCACCUCCAGUCCUUACAGAGCCAGCUCCACCUCUCCUAGUAGCCAGUCCAGUAAGAUGAACAGCAUGCUCUACCAGAAGCAGUUUCAGCCCAGCUCUGCCGGCAUGAGAAUGACACAGCACUUCCCUGGCCAGUUCAACCCCCAGAUGCUGUCUCAGCCCAACAUCGUUUCUCCUCUGGUUCGACCUAAUCACGCUAACUCAUUUGCUGGAGGUGUCCAGCGCUCUCCCAUGGGCCCUCCAAUGUCACCCAAUGUGGGUGGUGGUCUAAUGCCUCAUCCCAGACCCCAGCAUCCACAGCACAGCCAGCACCCUCCCCGAGGCCCCUCUGGUCCGCCCAUUGUGCCCAGAGGCACACAGGCGGCUCUGAAGGCUGAACAGGACCUAAAGGCAAAGCAGCGGGCUGAGGUGCUCCAGUCCACUCACAAGUUCUUCUCAGAGCAGCAGCAGCAGCAACAGCAGCAACUCAAGGCCCCGCAAGUCAGCAAAACAUCUCGGCUCGAUCAAGGAGGAAAACCCCCCCUCGACACCUCAGCCCCGAAUCACCAGGUGGGAGGUGAUCGCCCAGAUUCUGACAAACCUCCCAUCUCCACGGCCAAGCCCAUACGGACUGGCCCCAUAAAACCGCAGGCCAUCAAACCAGAAGAGGGCAAGUAAAGAGCUGCAGACCCUCUCCAUAUGACAAUACGACUGGAUGGAAAAGAGGAAGAGAGAGAAUCUAGCCCCAUUCACUCAGUCACCACCUCAUACCAGCCCUGGGGGAUGGUGUGGGGGAGGAGGAUGAGUUGGGUAGAGAUCGAAAUGGUAGUGGUUACUGAGAGUAGGCACUGUCCUGCGUAUAUAUAAUCCUCUUCCUCUUCUUUCAACCCCUGUCUUGUCCCACUGUAGGUGGGGGCGUUUGAGUUGGAUUCUUCCAUCAUAUUUAGAUGCCGAUGAAAUGGCUGCACAAGUUGUUCCAUAGAAAUCUACUGUGACGGUAGAUAAGAGGAGAGUUGGAGAGAGAAAAUUUGAAAUGAGAUUUGCUGCUGAGUUUGCCAUUUUUUAUAGCUCUUUAUUUCUGUUCCAUUUUUAUUUUAAUUUGUUUCCCAAAUAAGAUCACGCAUAUUAUAGGAGAAACCUGUUUUGUUAACAAAAGAAUGAAUCACAUUUUUUUUUUUUUUUUCUUUUUUUGUAGUCCAAACAAUCUUAAGUGUAUGUAGUGAAGCACAGUUUUUCUUGCCCAAUCUCCCAUCAUAACUAAUCCAGAGAUUUGUGCAUGCCCAUGCACACGCUCCCUCAACGGUUUCAUCCACGGUUACCACACGGAGAUGUGAAAUCAGAAAUUUUGUCAUUUUGUUUUUGUUUUACCAGAAUGGAAAUGUGAAAAUUGCAGCAUUUGAUUGACUUUAACGAUUGAUUUUAUUGAUUAGUCUGCCUGUGAGCCUUUGCUCCUGCCUUCUGCUCUCAUCUCCUUGCCUGAGAAUAACUGAUGUGUUGGGGUGUUUGUGUCGGGUGUCUGUCCGUGGUAUAAACAGGAGAAAGCUUGUAGCUGGACUCUCCUGUGUACUUAGCCAAAGGUUAAAGCAGGGCAGAGAUGAUGUCACAGCCUUUUAGAAUUGCUGUUGCCGUGGCAGCAGAGUUUUGAGUGAACUUGCAGGAUUACAUGGAUGAUGUAUGAUCACUACUUACAGCUGUUCCAGUAUAGGGGCUACUGUCACACACCCUUUCACUGUUUUCACAACCAUCCUUGCUGUCACACAAACACACACAUACACACUUCACUGUAAAGCACCCAGACCUGCUGCUAUUGACUGAUUUCAGUGCCCUUAGCUAGAAUAUAGCAGGAUAGGGCUAUUUAGAGGAAUAGAAACGGUGAAGUUGAUUGUUAAAACAUUAGAAAACUUUUGAGUGUGUGUAUGUCAACCCCCACAACAAGGGGGGAGAAGAACAGGACAGAGCACAAGGAAAAGGAUAAAAUGAGAAGCCUCAAGUUCUGAAGCGUUUAGGCAGAAGGACACCUAUUGUUUUGUUGUCUUUACUGAUGAGAGCAAUCAGUGCUGUUUUGUCUCUGCCUCACCUCCGCUGGCUGUCCCACCCACAAUGCUCUCAUCUCGGGGAUGGGGUGACAAGGGUCCUUCAGAAAUGUACAGUAGUAUGCACCCUGAGAUGGGGAGAGUGUCCUCGUCACCUCUACCCUAGCUGGGGGAAGAGUCCUUGCUUUGGAGGAUGGAUGAGGGAGGGUGGGUAAUGAUUUUUUUUUUCUUUUUUUUGUUCUUUUUCUUUUUGUUGUACUUGUACAGGGGUUUCAUCGCUGUAUUAAAAGAUGUAAGGUCUUAUUUACAUUCUCUUGGUUUGGUUACAGAAACUAAUAAAAAUAAUAUACUGUUGAGAUGUU